GAAGUUGAUCAGUCUGCUCAGAAAACUUCUUCAGAGGGGAAAGUGUGAUUUGGAAUCGGAAAGUCCAGAAUUUCAGAUCAACAGAAUUGCGCACAGACUGGACACUUGGAGACAUUUGGAGAACGGACUAAUCUGAGACAUUAGCUACCCCUAAAAUUCAGCGGAUUUUUGAAUCUACUUUUUUAAAAAGAAUAUUUGUAUUUAUUAUAUUUAUCAAAGACCCAGACCUGUGCUUAUUUUUGCAUGCGGACUUUUCAAAGUGCCCAUCAUUUGCAUUAAACCCGAUGACCUGAGACUGUUUUUACUUGCUGUUUUUCAUCAGAGCUCACUAGUUUGAACAAAAUAGAAAGAGAAAUAUGCUGCUUUUUAUGCUUGCCACAUUUUUCGGGGCUCUGACCCAGAGCUUUGGCUCUUAUGUGCCGUGCGAGCCGUGCGAUCAGAAGGCGCUGUCCAUGUGUCCCCCGGUCCCGAUGGGCUGUCAGCUGGUGAAGGAGCCCGGCUGCGGCUGCUGCUUGACUUGCGCUCUGGCUGAGGGUCAGGCGUGCGGUGUCUACACCGGUACAUGCACGCAUGGGCUACGCUGCCUGCCGCGGAACGGCGAAGAGAAGCCGCUGCACGCCCUGCUGCACGGCAGGGGAGUGUGUACGAACGAGAAAGGAUACAAACCACCGCAUCCUUCCAUUGAUCGUGAGUCUAUAGAGCAUGAUGAUACAGUGAAAGCAGACACGUCCGAAGACCAGCUUCCUAAAAUUCCCCUUUACCCCAAACCAGAUGUGAUCAACAGCCGGAAGCAUGCUGCCGUUCGCAAAGACAAGAAGAAACAGCAGGAGAAGCUGCGGUCACUGGGGCCGAUGGACUACUCCCCUGUUCCCAUCGACAAGCAUGAGCCAGAAUUUGGUCCUUGCAGAAGGAGGCUGGAUGGAAUCAUUCAAAAUAUGAAAGACACCUCUCGCGUCAUGGCGCUGUCCCUGCACCUUCCUAACUGCGACAGGAAGGGCUUCUAUAAGCGCAAACAGUGCAAGCCCUCCCUUGGCCGGAAACGAGGCAUCUGCUGGUGCGUCGACAAAUAUGGCGUGCAGCUGCCCGGCACCGACUACAGCGGCGGGAACAUCCAGUGCAAGGAUUUGGAAAACAGCAACAACAACGAGUGAGAAUCGACCCACCUUGAUCAUCAGACCUAGGGCCCACCUCCUUUUCCUGUCCCACCAGUCCACCUGCCAGUCACUUUGAGAUUUUGUUGCGAAGCGAAAAAAGAAACAACAACUAUUAAAUAUACAAAUAAUCAAAAAAGAAAAAUCGUCCAGGAAUCGUUUCGACUGAGCGCUCAUCUCUAACUCAGUGGACUAAGCCAAUGAGAGGAGCCCCCUUCUAGCGCUGAGUCCCAGCAAAAAAUAAAAAAACAAAUAAAAAAUGGUUAAAAAUAUAUACAUGCAAUUAUAUAUUUUUAUAGAAGCUGAGGUAUGAGCACCAUAAUGUUUUGUUUAAUGUAAACAUAAAGCUAAAAACUAAAACAAAAAAAAGAAUAUAUGGCAUGUUUAAUAUUAACAGGGCUAUUUUGGUCUCUUACAACUUUUGCUGUCAAGGUAUCAAAGGAGAUAGCAAGAAAUUCUACUAUUGAAAAAAAAAACAUUCUUUUUUUCCAAAAGAAAAAAAUUAAAACCCACAUGGUAGAGAUCUGCUGAUACAGUCAUCUCUAUCUGGCUAUCUUUUGGUCCCAUCAAAGCACUUAUUCAUUAAGAAACCUGCUUGGAAAUGUGUAACUUCACCAAGUUCAGUGUAUACGUGUGUGAGCAUGUGCGUAUGAGUGUGUGUUUGAGCGUGAACGUGUGAAAUACAGCGAUAGCUUCCAAAAAAAGAAGGUUUUUCGUGGCAUAUCCCUCCCAGAACGUAGUAAAAACCACAAUCCCAUUAGACAAAUCUGUUUCAGUGGCUUCAUGACUGUGUAGCUUACCUAACAUGCCGACCGUGCCUAUGUAAACAGACGCUGCCACGCAGAGUUACACGGGUGAGCCGACCGGUCCAAUCCGAGGUCCCGUCACAAGUUCCUCUUGAUUUAGGAGAAGGGUGGAAAUCUCCUCACACAGAAUCAACUGGUGCCCACAUCUAGCUAGAAGAAAAGGCCACUAUGGCAUUUUCAGGAUCAGAUAUUGUGGCAUCUGGUGCAUGUUAAAAUAGAGACAGAUGCUAAAACCCUUAAACGCUCCCAGUAUUUGCAUUUGAACUUUGUCGAAAGUUCAUCUUGCAGAGUGGUAGGUUUUCUUUUUUUUUGUAUGUGAUUUUACUUUUAUGUUUGCUGUUUCCUUGACUUCAUUGAGAUAAUGACAGUCCAUUCAUGAGCCAUGUUCCUUGACCAUGUGGUUUCACUGAAAUAGGUGUAACCUUGGUAUGUUACCUUUAAAUAACUCUAGAUUAUUGAAUGUGUUUUUAUUUUCUCAUAUUUUAUGCUUCUUGCCAUCUUUAACAAACAACCACAAAGAUCUGGUGCUUAGGAGAGGACUUGUGUAUUUAAGCAUAAUAUCAAUUUGCAUUGUUCCAAAACUUACACAUUUGAAUGCAGGUCUGACCACUUUCAAAGCUCCGCCCUCUCUGACUGUUCACCAAUCAGAGAUCAUUCUUCUGGUUAUUCAGUCCAACACAAUGACUGGAAGUUUCAUUUGUUCUGUUUUGUGUAUUUCUGUACUUCAUCAAUGUUGUGAGGCGUGGUGGAAACAGGCUACAUUUACUAUAGUGUCGAUUAGUGCGAGUUUCUGUGUGCGAGUCUCAGUGCCUUUCUACAUGCAAAUACAUUUGAAUAAUGACGUGAACGUUACACAAUAGCCAAGGGGACUAAAACAGACUAACCAUUUUAUAAUGACGAAGGACCUCAAUUGUUCAUAUAGUCAUCAGAUAUAGAAAUCCAUUACACCAGAUAUGGAAAUCUAUUACACCACUUUGUAUGUCAUGCAGCUAUCAUAAAGCACUCCCUAAGAUAGGAGAGGACUUUAGUCGCGAACAGCUCCAGCUAGUGCUAGCUCAUUUACUGUUAUUACUUUUUACGAAUAAGCUGACGAUUGAUUUGACAGUGACUGCAAAUGUGUGUAAUUGCUGAUGAGAAUAUUUUCAAUCACUUUUUUGCAAUCAAGCUAUAGAUCCAACAGGGAUACUUAAAGAGGACUCACUGGUCAGCCCUCGGGUCACAAUAGGUCCAUUCGGAUCUUAUUUCAGGGCCCGAAUGAUCAUAGCAGGGAGGGGGCCAUAGUAUAGUCGAUUAUUAGAAGAUUGACAGCCGUAGUCCCACAAAACAGAUCUCUAUCUUGAAAAUACCCACAACCAGGCCCAGACAGAAUUGGUGAACUGCUCCCUUAUGGUCACAGAAUGCACAAACAAAGUAGCUAGCGAGGGUUGCAUAAAACUUUGUGAAUGUCGGGCGUGCCAAUUCUGCCGAAAUCUGCAAUAUGCGACAUGUUAAAUGGAGCUGAGAGUACUUCACUCUUAUUGGUCACUUGAAAGCUAAAUCAAAUUAGCCAGUGAGGACUGCGCAAAAUUGUAUUAAUAUGGGGCCUUCCAAUUUGGCGGAAAUAUGCGUACCGCAAAUUCCAUCUGGUUCUGUCUGUAAUGGUUUUCUUGCAGCGGAGACAAAGAACCACGGUUCCGCAGAAUGUAAACAUAGCAUGUCAAAAAAGAAUUGUGAAUAACGAUUGGCUCUCAGAUGGAAGGUGGCAAGAGAAAGAUGUUAAGGGAGUGCGGGUUAACCAGACUUUUGCAGAUGGAGUACGUCGAGGAGGCGUAGUUGCCUCUGUUAUUGCACAAUUAGCCUUGUAGGUGUCGCUCGCCACUGGGCAAAAUCACUACAUUGCAAAAAUGAUUUUCUUAAUCAGCAUUUUUGUCUGGUUUCCCUGUAAAAUAAAUCUAUAAAUCUAUAAAACAAGAUACAGUUACUUGAGUAAAUUAAAGUAAAUGUCUUUUGUUUUAAGGGAUAUUUAGAUACAUUUACUGUGAGACAAGACAAAUGUACUAAGGAAAUUAUUUUUUUUUGCAGUGUCAUGAGCAUUAUCCAGGUCCUGAUCCAUGCUGAAUGCCCCCUCCCCCCAAAAAAGCAGCUUGCACUUAAUUAUUUACCUUGCCACGCAUUUAGUGCCGUCUUCGAACAAAAAAAAAAAACAAGUGAAUCUCAGUUCAGGUAUAGAAGGAGGAGCAGGUCUCAGACAGAAACCCUGCUUGAGUACCUUUGACAAGGGCUUUGCGUCCCAAGCCCACAUCAUCAUUCAGUGGGUAAACCAGUAAUACAACCCAACCAAUCACAGUCUAGUCUCCAUCUACACUCAAUAGACUUUGCGUCUCAGUGAUAUCCGGGAGGAGGGAGAGAGGGUGAGGGCCUAAGAGGAUGAUCUUGUGCUGGGCCUCACUUCCCCAACAGGGGAUACAAUACAACACAUUACACAUCACAGUAGAACGUUUAGAUGGACAAAGGGGGUUUUCGGAAUCUGCUAAGCAGGCAUAAUACAGCGAGCAUCAGACUGACAGCUUUUCUUCUGGACUCAAAAUAUGUAACAGCUGAAUCUGAUUCAGCAGACUCUUUCCUAAGCUCCGCCCCACUUUGGUUAAUGCUGUUCGCUUAGACAAGCUUUGCAAACAUCCCAUAGGAAGAAAUGGGAGAUUGCUGAAAAUGUGUGAUGGUAUUCUUAUGUGGGCUGGAAUGAAGUGUGACAUUGCAUGGCAUUUCUAUCUGCCUGAAUCAUUAUGUAAAUGAAUGUAACAUUGUUAUUAACACCUAUAUACCUUGAGACAAAUGUAGUUGUCCUUACUGAUUUUACACAUGAUAAUUUGGAAAUGAGGGCUGAGACAGUUUAAUCCAGAGCAUCCACAUCUCAAUAUUUAUUUAAAGAAUUGGCAAAAGAAAAAUAUUGCACACAUUUUCUCUGAUUACCUUGUGAAACUGGCACUAGAUGUGCCCUGGAAACAACAUUUUAUCGUAUUAUUGGAUAAUUUCCAUUUAAAACUAUAAAAAUAUACAGGACUUCCAUAGACAAACAUUCAAAUAGAGCAAAAGCUUGUAAGAUGGACAGCAACAGUUGCUUCAAAAUGUUUUUUGAAGGCGGGGCUUAACAAAGAGUUAGUUUUGUGCAUGCAUUAUGGAAGAAAAACAUUUUUGCAUUGUAUUCUUAUGUCGUAGAAUCCAUCUGGGUAUCGAUGUGAGAAUGUGGGGGAAAAAUUAUCCUUUCUGAUUUGCAAUUAGACUAUUGUAAAAUUAUUUUGAUGUCGCUUUUUUGCUGCUUUUAUCAGAUUCCGAAUCUCCUACUUGGGUAGACAGUGUUCAUAACUCUUCAGUAUGGUGCAGUAGUAAUGACAGGUUUUCUUGUUUCUCUGAAUGCAUAACAGUUUUUUUUCUUUAUUUCUUUUUCUUUUUUUUAUGUGGAUGAGAAAAGACUUGAUGAUUGACCACCUAAAUGUGGCUUAAAACCGGCAUGUGAAAAAGACCCAUUUGUGGCUGGAGGACUCUAAAAAUGUUCAGCAUUUGGAACUCUUCUUAAAAACAAUAAAAUAGAAAAAAAAUAUCUCAAAUUAUUAAGAAAGUGAAUAUCACUGUGUAAUAUUUAUUCAACUUGUAAUUUAUGUACUCUUUUAACCAUUGUCUUUUUUGUUAUGACAAAGCAUUUAUUUAAAUAAAGUUAUGUAUUCAUUUAAGCUUGUGCAAUACAUUUAUUUGUACAUGACAGGAAUUUGUUCUUGUUAAAUAAAUUGUUAUCAAUAGCCACAGCAAUAUCCACAUUAUGAUUUUCAUACUAUAUCACAUUAUCACAUUCUGCAUGCAAAUACUAAGAGAGUAGACACUGAUAUUUAAAAAUCCCAGUAUGUUAUAUGGCCAACCAAAUAUAGAUAUGGCAGUAAUAACACUUACAGUUUAAGGAAUAGUUCACCCAAAAAGGAUAAUCCUCUCAUCAAUUACUUACCCUUGCCAUCUCUAAAUCGUAUAACUUUCUUUUAUUCUGCGGAACGCUAACAAAUAUAUUUUAAAUAAUAUUUGAUGUGUCUAUAUCUGUACAAUGCAAGUCAUUGGGGUCCUCUUGCAAGCUCCAAAAAGGAUAUAAAGGCAGCAUAAAGGUAAUCCAUAUGACCCGAAUGGUUAAUCAAUGUCUUUUGAAGCGCUCUUUGCAUGAAUCAGGUGCUAGGAUUUAUAAUCGAGUCUGUUUCUCACUCAAAAUCAAAUGUAUCACUUGACGGCAUGAGGGUGAGAUAACGAUGAGAGAAUUAUAAUUUUUGAGUGAACUAUUUCUUUAAGAA